AUGGAUGUAGAAAUAAAAGUAGCUUCUCGCGUAGACGGAGAACCUAAAGACGUAUUCGAUAUCGGCGAAACGGAAGCGUUUACUUUUCGAGGUAGAUGUCUGAUUGAAAUAGAUUUUCCCACGAAGGUUAAAGUCAAUAAAAUAGUCUUCAAACAAACCGGUAAUGCCGUCAAACAUCUUUCAUUUUUCAAUGAUGGUAAUUUGGAAGAGACUAUACGUUUGAUUGAUAAAAGGGAUGAUUUAUAUGAAACGAAAAAUGGUAAAUAUGUAGACACCUUUAAAAUGGAAGUAGAAAAUGAUAGGGAUAUCAUUGGAAUCAAAGAUUUAGAUAUGAUAUUGGAGACGGAAAAUCCACCAUCAACCAACAUUGUCAAAAUUCCACGACGCUUACACGUACACGGGCCAAUAGAAUCGAGCAAUCACGAGUUUUUACGAACAACAGACUUUGAAUACGUAAAACUGUAUUUCGCUUUAGGUGAAAAAUACACCUCGAUCGAUGUUCAUAAAAGUCAACAAGAAAGUGAGUUUAUAGUGCAUUUAUCGUUUGCCGAAGAACCCGACUCCAUCUUUGAAGGUGGUGGUUUUAUUUUUAGAGCCAAGAUAAACAUCGAAAAAGAAAAAAUACAAUAUUCCUAUCAUCUUAACGAGAACCAUACGAAAAAAAAAAUGCCGAAAAAUAAUUUUAAUGAAAGAAAUCAAAAGAUCGAGAGUGUUGGCCGAGGAGGAACUGGUCUACUUAAAAAGAUAAAUGAAUACGAAGGUGAAAAUUGUUACAUACCUACAGAUGGUCACUGUUUUAUCAAAUUCGUCAAUCGUGUUUUGAACAAAGAUUUAAAGUGUAAAUUUCAAGAAUAUAUCAACGGGUUUUCAAAAGCAAAUAGAAAAGGAGUGAUGACAUGUGCUAGAAUGAAGGAAUUCAACAAGAAAUUUAACACUUCGUUUCAAAUUUAUAAUCCCAAAAACAGACAUUUACAUCCCAGAGACGUACAUGAUGAAUUAGAUUGGGUUUUUUACUUACGCAACUCGCAUUUCUGUCUGAUUAGAAGAAGCCAAAAAAGUUUGGGAAUUCAAGAAAUAGAAGACAAUUACGAACAGGUGUGGAAAACGUGUAGAGAUGAUAACGCAGUAACACAGGUUUCACCUCUCAAACUAAACGUGCUUUCAAGUAUGAGUGAUGAUGCGUUAUUCGCUUGGGAUUGCGAAACGUAUUCAGAAAAAGACACGCGAAGCGCAAUUCCUUAUGCCUGCACUUUAAUUAAUUUAGAAAAACUAAGAAAAACGUUAGAAAAAAAUAUAUUUCCUACAGAUAAUGUAGUAGAAAUAUUUGUAGGUACAGAUUGUAUAGAUCAAAUGUUGAAAUAUUUAGGUCAAUAUGAUAGAAAGAGAUAA